CCGGGCCCGGGGCCGCUGACAGCCGCCGCCGCGCCAUGUACGCCAAGGGCAAGGGCUCCGGCGUGCCCUCGGACGGCCAGGCCCGCGAGAAGCUGGCGCUCUACGUCUACGAGUACCUGCUGCACGUGGGGGCCCAGAAAUCCGCCCAGACCUUCUUGUCGGAGAUCCGAUGGGAGAAGAACAUCACGCUGGGGGAGCCCCCCGGCUUCCUGCACUCCUGGUGGUGCGUUUUCUGGGAUCUGUACUGCGCCGCCCCGGACCGCCGGGAGACCUGCGAGCAUUCCAGCGAGGCCAAAGCCUUCCAUGACUACAGCUACGGCAGUGGGAUGCGCCCCCCCCCCAGCUCCCUGGCCGGCCCUGGAAUGCCCACCAUGAACAUGGGUCCCGGUGGCCGCGGGCCCUGGCCCAACCCUAACGCCAACUCCAUCGCCUACUCCUCCUCAUCCCCUGGGAAUUACGUGGUGAACUCCACCAACUCCAGCGAGAACAUGUACACCAUGAUGAACCCCAUCGGCCCCGCGGGGAGCCGGCCCAGCUUCCCCAUGGGGCCCGGAGCAGAGGGGCCCAUGGGCGGGAUGAGCGCCAUGGAGCCGCACCACAUGAACGGAUCCUUAGGUAUGGGGCCCCCUGCUGCGCUGACCCCCCCAGACUCCACCAACUCCAGCGAGAACAUGUACACCAUGAUGAACCCCAUCGGCCCCGCGGGGAGCCGGCCCAGCUUCCCCAUGGGGCCCGGAGCAGAGGGGCCCAUGGGCGGGAUGAGCGCCAUGGAGCCGCACCACAUGAACGGAUCCUUAGGCUCCGGGGACAUGGAUGGGCUGCCAAAGAGCUCCCCCAGUAAUCUGGGGGCCCUGAGCAACCCCCCCGGGACCCCUCGGGACGACGCCGAGCUGAGCAGCAAUUUCCUAAACCCCUUCCAAAGCGACAGCUACUCGCCCAGCAUGACAAUGAGCGUGUGAGCCCCGCGCCGAGGCCGCCGACAGCCAGACCCGAAACCCACCACCGAAAAAAAAAAAAAAAAAAAAAAAAAAAAAAAAAUUAAUUAAAUUCAUUAAUUUUAAUGAUCGAACCCCGCCCCGUCACGCCCAAACCUCCCCCUGUCAUUUCAGCGCCCCGC